ACUUAGUAAAGAAAAGAUGUUGUCUUCUGACAAAAAGAAACUAUUUGCUCAGAUCGAUGAGGUAUCAUACGAUUGGAUUAACUUUGAAAAUGUUAAGUAUUCCAAGACAAAACUGGCUGAUUACUCUUAUCAGCCGAAGGGACUCUCUAGUUUCUUGAAAUUAAAGAUGAACUGCUUCAUGGUUGCUACAGCCCAGAAUGGAGGUCCCUUCGCCCUGAUGAUUAAUAACAAGAUGAUUCCUACUGGAGCCGGAGAUUAUCGAGAGAAAAUCAUUGUAAUUUCUGCUUACGGUGACAACAUCGCCACUAUCAAUCUGAAGGAGACUCUACGUGGACAGGAUAAAGAUAUCAAACAUUGGGCUCUCUUUGCAUUUACUAAGGAAGAAGAUAUUCUACUCGUAUCUAUGAAUGGAGUCUUCCUUCUGCUUGAUCCUAAGAGUGGAAAUAUUAUCCAGAGGCAAGAUUUUAAGACCCAGUUUUCAGGCAGAAACAUGAUCGAAAAUGGUAAAGCAAAGGAAAACACUGUAGUUCUCAAGACUGGAAAUAAUUGAUUUUACUACAUUCCUGAUAUUUACCACUGCGAGUUCACUGAGUUUGGUGUUCCUGAUCUUGAGCCAGGAUUCUGUGUUGAUAUACCAGAAGGAAAUUUUAAAGGGGACUCUGGAAGUCAUGAUCUUCCAAGAAAUACUUCUAUUGAUGAUUAUGUUGUCAUUCCAAAAACAAAGUCUAGGUCAAAUAAGAUGGAAAUCUUGCUUUCUCAUCCAGCAGAAGGUCUAGUCAUCCUUGAUCAUACUCAGAAAUCAACCUACUCUCCAGAUAUGAUGAAGUUCUGAGGAGAGGAUCUUGGUAGAAUUGGGCACAUUACUAAUAUUGCUCUUAGUGCAAACGAUACUUUGCUUGCUUUCUUCAGUGAGAGAUUAUGCAAAAUUUAUAUUUUCAAAAGUGAUCUCCUGAAGUUCUUAAACGUAAUGGAAACAGGCAUGCCAAGGCCUAAUGAUCUUAUCUGGUGUGCCAACAAUAUCCCAAUGCUUUUAUAUGAAUCUUCUAUCACUAUGAUCGGUCCAAAUACAAUGGAGAACCUGGAACUUGGGAAUGAAGAUGAUAUUAAUGGGAUCGGAUAUUGCUGUGAAAUUGAUGGAGUCAGACUCAUCACCACAAACCAGAUUUAUUGGUUUGAGAGAGUCCAACAGAGUGUUAUAGACUCACUAUCACUGCUUUCAGACCAUCCUGCAAACCAGCUGAUCGAUGCGUUUAAAGAGUACGAGUUAAAAAGUGAAAACACAGAGAAAAUCUUCAGAGAAAUUGGUGGUAAUCUGAAACAAGCAAUUACCACUGUAAUGGAAGCUGCGACCUAUCAAUACAAUAUACCAUUCCAGAAGUUGUUAUGUGAAGUAGCCAGUUUCGGUAAGAAGAAGAUCUCUUCAGAAGAAUACAGCUCAGAUAUGUACGUGCAGACUAUAAAAUAUCUAUCUCUGAUCAACAAGCUUAGGUUUUCUGAGAAAUGUAGAAGAGCUAUCACAUAUAAACAGUUGAAGAACAUUAAUCCAAGAAAUCUGCUUCCUAUUCAGCUGAAAUACAGAGACUAUUUCUUGGUCCUGAGAACAGUCAAAAAUCUGAAUCUAAAGCAGAGGUACGUCAAUAUGUGCUAUGAGGAAUGGGCUUGCUGCUUGCUCAGAAAUUCUACCAAAGAUGCGAUCAUGAUUCAAGAUCUCAUUGUUGAGAAAUUACAGGAAUUGGAAGAAGAAAUCAAGAUGAAAGGAGGUCAUGAGAAAUACAAUGCUCUCACAGGAGCUGUAUCAACUAUUGAUUACACCAAGAUUGCCAAGGUUGCUCAGGAGGUUGGACAUAAGGAUACUGCUAUCCAGCUGGUCAACUACGAAAAGUCUGUGAUCAAGAAAAUUCCCUAUCUCCUUGAGCUGAACCAGUUUGAGGUUGCACUAGAGAUUAGUAUCUCCAAUGGAGAUAUGGAUAUUGUUAAUAAAGUGAUCAGCAAGAUCCUUGAAAAGCAUGGAAACGAUGAUGAAUUCAUGAGAGAUUUCCUUGAAAGAAUGAAGAUCUCACACCGCAAGUUCAUUUCCUAUGCCAAGCAGGAGGAAAAUAUAGAGCUCAUGAGAAAGCUUAGAGGGCUUAUGGAAGACAUUUACAACUAUUCUGAAGUCAAGAUGCUCAUCAAGAGGGAAAAUUCUAUUAAUAAAUUCAAAGAAGAGGAACGUGACGCAGAACUGAAUGGUGUAGAGGAUACCUUUAAGAAGAUUUAUAAGGAUCAGUUUAAAUCAGGAAUAGUUAAGAAUCAAAGGAAGCUUAUAGCUAAACAAGGAGAGAUUAAUGAUAAAUUAAAGACCAGAAAUUUUACAGGAAGGACAGCAAAAGAUUCAAUCGUUCUUCUGCUAAAAAGUUCCAAACAGAGCGAAGCCAAGGCCUUAGCUAAGUCUAUUAAGAUGAAUGAAAUUUGCUAUCUUGGAAUUGAGGCUAAGGUGUUUGCAGAUAUGAACUUAUUUGAACAAAUUGAGAAAUAUUUAGAAGUCAGAAAGCCCAAACUUCCAUUCGAGUACCUUGCCCAAAUAUGCCUAGAGAAGAAGAAAAUGUCCCUUGCAAAGGAAUUUGUUGAUAGAAUCCAAGAUGAAGAUAUUAAAGAAUCCCUGAUGAUGAAAUUUGCUUAG